AUGGCCGCUAUGAAAAUGUUAACCAGUGGAGGGCUCUUCCUGGCAUUCUGCGCGUUGGGGCUGCUCGCUAUGGCCAUCUGCACCGACUACUGGUACGAGACGGACGCCAGGAGGCACAGAGAGAGGUGUAAAAACUACGCGAACAAACGCAACGACCCGGGCUACAUCUACAUCUCCAACCACAACCUCCCCCUCCAGAUGCCUCCGAAGAGGAGAGGAGGCGGCCCGGACGCUGUUCCUCUCUUCAGGAGCAAGCGACACUUUGUGGCUGCAGCCUCCGCGAUGGAGUCCCACUGCAGUCGGCAGUUCAACUCAACGGUGUCCGGCCUUUGGAGGAAAUGUCACCGGGAGGGAUUCGACCUUGACACCGAAGAUCUUAUUUACAAAGGAAUAAUUCAAAGAUGUACCCCGGUAAAGUAUCACUACACUUCAUCCAUUCUUCCACGGAAUUUACCCAUCAACAUCACCAAGACCAUACGGCAGGAUGAAUGGCAUGCACUUCAUCUAAGAAGAAUGACGGCUGGCUUUGUUGGUAUGGCUGUCUCCAUCAUUGUUUUUGGCUGGAUAAUUGGAGUGCUGGGAUGCUGCCAACAGCAUGACCUCAUGCAAUAUGUAGCUGGGCUACUCUUUCUCAUGGGAGGAACAUGCUGCAUCAUCUCCUUGUGCACAUGUGUGGCCGGAAUCAACUUUGAGUUAUCCCGCUACCCUCGGAACAUGUACGGCCUUCCUGAGGACAUCAGCCAUGGCUAUGGCUGGUCCAUGUUCUGCGCCUGGGGCGGCCUCGGUCUUACCCUGUUGGCUGGCUUCCUUUGCACCUUGGCCCCGUCCCUCAGCACGCCGACCCGCACAGCAUCCCACAAGCCGAGGCACGAGAAUGGAACCGUGUGACAGGGCCGGGCCAGGCCAGGCCGGGCGACCAACCACCGAGCACACAAACUACACUCUUCAAGACUUGGAUGUUAAAAUCUACGACCAUUUUUGUCUCAUCACCAUAUUACCACACAUGCCAUCCCUCUCAGUGUUCAUUGUGCCUGAGUUGUGAUAGCGCACACAUUCUGGGACGACGAGCUAACAGACUUCAAGUUCUUGAACCCGCCCUAAAGGACGUCCAGGGACGCUAAGAGUGCAACCCAACGUCUUUAGCUCUGAUAGCACAAGGUUUUUGAUGUUGUCAUUUUAGACAUGUUGACUUUAUGGCAAUCUGAAGGUGACUGUUUUACAAUGGUGCUCUCCUAAAUCCAUUUGCUACACACAGACCCAAGCAAACAAGAUACCAGCUUUCCCUCAUUUUUCUCAUUUUCUGCUGAUGAAUCAUGAGAGAGAUCAUCCAAACAGAGCAAAUCACAUAAAAUGAGGCCAGAGCAUCUUGUCAGCCUUGCUCUUUUCACCAGAGUGCCGUGUGCUGCUGUUUGCAAUGAAAGAAGUAAAAAAAAAAGAGAAAAUCUGGCAAUGAUUGCCCAUUGCUUACUGUUAGUGUAGCACAAUGAUAUCAAACGUUAGCCGUGACCAUGUGAAAUGUCUGCGUUCUCUGCUGGAUGAAUCGAGUGGUGUGGGCAGCACCAAAAAAAAUAAUAAUACAGAUGACUACAUUUGCAUUAAAAAAAAGAAAACAUCUGAUCAUCUCUUAAAAGAUUUGUGUGUGUGCAAUUGCAUCUCUAUGUAGACUAAGAUACAACGUUUAUGUAAAGUAGCUUUUCAAUUAGGUUUAUAUCGUGUGUUCAAACAAUGAUGCCUGAUAGUACGGAAGUGCAGGUCAGCAGUAUAGCGUUAAAAAUGUGCGCUUGAGGGAUGAAUCCAUUGUAGGAUUCAGCAAGAGGAUGGCAUUUUGAGGUUGUUUUUGUUGCUCAAAUGCGUAACUGCUGAGCUGUGACUUCAAGAGCACAAGAACUUGACAAGAACUUGUUUGCAGACAACAGAUAUGGAAUGUGACAAGAGACAAUUUAGAAAUUUGACUGCAGCGAUAAAUUCAGACUAAGGUUGUUUACGCAAAUGCUCAUCCUUUUAAAAGUACUUGUUUUAGGAAUAAGAAAAAAGCGCUGUAGAGUUUUUGUGUUGCCAAAAAAAAGGUCUAAAAACAUUGGCCAGGGUUUCCUUAAUUCUACCUUGACUCAACAGGAUCAUUAGCAGCUGACAGAGCAAGGGCCUUUUUUUUUUUUUUUUUAAUCUUUUCAACUUUCAAUGUGUUGUUGCAUAUCUGAGUCAAAAGGUGCUGAACAAUCAACAGGAUUUGUCCCACCACUUCAUUCAAGUAUAAUUCUCUUGUUUGAAUGAAAUUGCAUCAUUUUGAUUUAAUACAGGGUUCCAAAUUUUCAAUUUAAGACCCAGUUUAUAAAUGACUUCCUGGUGCCCAAAUUUACCAAAGUUCAAGACACAAUAACAUUGUGGUCUACAUUGCUUAACAAAUGCAUAUUAUACUGCCACCGCCUUGCAUUGUUACCAGCGCCAUGAAGCAUUUUGAUGAAUCAUAUCGUCAUAAUCAGCAUCAACAUCAAAUUCAUAUUUGGCUCACCAAGGUGUUUCAGUAGCCUAAACAGAAAUUAGAAAUUCCAAACUGAAUUCAGCUUUUUCUUGCAUCUUAACUUGAGGCAGCUAUUGAGUGGGAAGUCAGAAAUUAAUUUAAGCACAUUAUUAUUUUUGGUUUUCUGUUCAGGAAUGCAAGAAAUUUUAAGAUAAUUUGACGUCUUAUUGCAAAUAAGCCCUUUACGACCUUUUUUUUUUUAAAUAAAAUUUUAAAUUACUGGAUAACAAUAAUUGUAUUUUAGUUUGAAAUCCUAUCCUGAUUGACUAUGUUGUAUUAACCUUUACAUAAAGACACACACAGCAAUGUCAUCACUCUGGGUUGGCAGUCCAGCUGGUAAAUUUUGACACAUCGAAUGAAAAAGUGUGCGUACUUGAUGACUAACCAAGACUGACCCAACCAAAAUUCACCAGGGCUCCGAGCUCACAAUUGGAAAAAGCUGUUUUAGUGACAUGCAACUAAGUAUUAUUUCAUGCAUUAGUUUCUUGUACAAAACAAGAUCCAUUAGAAAAUUGAUCAAUUCAAGUGUAUGAGUUUCAAAGAAUAGGGGCUGUUAAAGUUGGAAGGAGGCUCAGUAGCUUGUUUUGUGUCAGUCCGGUGUAUGUUUUUUUCGCCUCCUGGUCACCUAAAGUGUGAAAGUUUAGUGAGAUGCGUCACAUGACCGAUUGUGAGGCAUUAUGAUGUGUGUUCAUGUCCUUUUCGCGUUACCAAACCACUACAAGAGGUUAGAUGAAGCAUGACAGAAAAGUGUAUCUUCAGUGUCUUGUUGAAUCUUUGCACAUGGCUGGAUCCGUUCAAAGUCAGAGCAAAGUUACAAAGUAUUUUUGCUAGGUCGGUCACACAUGGCAUCAAAAAGGAUACGAGCAUGUAAUGCACACUCUGAUGUGUCUUUUACAAAUAUUAUGGGUUUAUACCACAUUGUGUAUUUAUGGAAAGUCAGUUCAAUCUUUUAUUGUGACAAUAUGAUGGCAGUAACAAGAAGAUGUGUGUUAGGAAUAAAUCAUGAACAUUUACUGUCUUGCACCAUUCACGAGUCAUCUGACGCAGAAUACCUUUGAGUGUUUUGCUUUUUUAAAGACCAUCACCCAAACUGGCCGGUAACAAGUAUUACUGUAUGGACUAAAUGUGUUGACAAAAUGGAAGCAAUAUUACACACAUGUAUUUUUGUGUACUCUUGUGGUAAUAGUCUGACCCACUUUUUUUUUUCUAUCUGAUGUGCUACAACUUAUUACAUGUUAUUACAUGUAAUAUCACAUAUUACAUGAAGAUUAAGCACAAAUUUGUGUCCCCUAUCUCAGAUUGUUGCAUUUGAUAAAUAUAAAUUGACAGCACAGACGGGAAUUUUUUACGUUAUCACUUAGUUUCAAGACAAAAUAACUAUAAGAAUGCUGAGUCCGCUGUUCAUUUCAGCAGUGUUAUUAUUCGGAAUCAAAUGCACAUACUCUCAAUUUUCAAUUUCCUGUGUUCAGCGGAAAAGCUGCCAUUUCAGUAGCAUAGUUAUUAUUUUUGUUUUUUUUUACAUUUGUACCAGUUCAAUUCACACUGCAGGUGCUUUGUGGUGACUGAGAAGACAUAACUGACAUGCAUGAAUUCAUUACAGUACAUUUCAGUAUUAAACUGUCCAUUUUAUUUAUUUUACCGAAAUAAAAGAUGUAAUUACUAGA